GAUUCAAGAUUCUUAAUCUACCAAAAAUUGGUUGCAUGUUCUAAUAAAAGAAUCUACUGAGGAUUAUAUAUAAUUAAUACACCUGCGACGAAUGCUAAUUCAUGCAACCAAUGUAAAUACUUAUUUACUAACAUUAAAUGCAAGUCACACUAAUAAUUACGUAUCAUUAAUUACCUGGAUAUCUUUGUUUGUUUUUCAACUACUGGGAGAGUUAAUGUUUCUUUUAUUAGGAGAAGAAAUGGAUUCGUUGUCAUUGCCAUGGAAGCAAUGGACCAACUGUUGCAAGCGUGCCAUGCUCAGACUCUGAAUUUAUUCGUUGAGAGUUUUUUAAAAAUGAUACAAAAAUUGUUGGAAUCCACAGACCCACAGUUACAAAUAUUAGCCACGCAAUCUUUUGUCCGGUUUGCCAACAUCGAGCAGGAUACGCCGUCUUAUCACACACGUUACGAUUUCUUUGUAUCAAAAUACUCUGCCAUGUGCCACUCGAACCACAAUGACCCUGCAAUUCGUAAACAAAUACGGCUUGCUGGAAUUCAAGGAUUGCAGGGUGUCGUAAGGAAAACUCUUUCUGAUGAUCUGGUAGAGAACAUUUGGGAACCUGUUCACAUGGACAAGAUCGUUCCUUCGUUGUUAUAUAACAUGCAGAAUUCAAGGUAUUCUAGCAAGGAGGAUCCAACACCAGAUAGCCCAACGGAGGAACGAUCUGACCCACCGCAAGUCGCUGAAACUUGCAUGCGUGAGCUUAUCGGACGCGCGUCAUUCGGUCAUAUCAGAUGCGUUAUCAGGCCUGUUUUAAGGCAUUUAGAUAACCAUCAGCUGUGGGUUCCUAAUUACUUCGCAAUUCAUACAUUUAGGAUAAUUAUGUUCUCCAUUCAGUCGCAGUAUUCGUACACUGUCGUGGAAGCAUUAAUGACGCAUCUCGACGGACAUUCAAAGUCGUCACCGAAAAUUCGUACGAGCAUCGCGGAUACUUUAUCAAAAAUCAUUUCCAUCGCAGCCGGCGAGAGCGUUGGGCCAUCUGUUUUGGAAAUAAUCAAUUCUCUGCUGUCUCAUCUGAGAGUCAGCGUAACGAGGAAUCAAUCGUCCAGUAGCGACGAACAGUUGUACCAAGAGGCACUUAUAAACGCCCUCGGAGAGUUUGCGAAUCAUCUGCCGGAUUAUCAGAAGAUCGAAAUUAUGAUGUUCAUAAUGAGCAAAGUUCCAUACAGUCAACCAGAUCGCUUGGUCUCCGUUGGGAAAGGAGACGUGUUACUCCAAAGCAUUCUCUUAAAGUCACUUUUAAAAGUCGGCACUAAGUAUCAAACCAUACAUUUAAAUACCACGUUCCCUCCAAGCUUUUUGGAGCCGCUGUUGAGAAUGUCGCUCGCGGCAGACGCCGAGAUGCGACUUUUAGUACAACAAAUCUUUCAUACUCUGAUCGACAGGCAUCAGAAUAUCACAAAACUCGCGAAACCUACAGUAAACGUUGCACAACUUGAUCUGACCAUCGAGAAGGCAUCUAGACCAGACGUGAUCUUCAUACGGAAACACGGCCCUGAAAUUUACUUAGCGUUGUACGAGUCGCUAGAAUUGGCAAGUAACAAGGUGGAAAACGUGGAGUCUAUAUAUACGACGUUGGCAUUGCUCGCCGUCGAAUUGGCUUCGGAGGAGACCGUCUUGGAGCUGCUAAGAUUAGUUCUGAGUCUUCAAGAUUUGGCUUUAACAAGUGGUCAGAUCAGUAUUUCCCUCAAAUACAAUUUGCACUCGAUUGUCAUCAGUCUACUCGUGUUAAUAUCGUACGUUUGUAACAUCACAUCUCUAAUGGAUUACGCAAUCAAAAUCGUAGAAAUACGCCGGAAAGAAGCGCCACACCUUUUACCUGAUUUACAAUCUCAGUAUGAUUCCGGAUUGUCUGCUAGAUUGGCACCGACUCUGCUGGUCGAUCAAACUGUCUUAAGCGAAUGUUUGAAAGGAGCUGGUCUCGACAGUGGAAAACUGCAACAAGGGUCUGGUUAUAGCAGCAUUUCGCUACAACAUCGGCAUUCGUGGGUCGAUAGUACCGGACGAAACUCGCUGGCCGACAUUAAUUCUGGCGCUACGGAAUUAGACAGCGGUGGUUCAUCCCCCGGUGUACAAAAGAAACUGCCUGGUGAAGAAUUAACUUUCGAGAGCAUGAAACGAAUUCUAACAGAGAAUAAUAACAAUCACGUGAUAGAAGAAGAGAAACGGUUACAGUUAUCGCACUUAUUUAGAAACGCACCAUUCCAAGAUUUGGUAUCAAAGACACAGCCAAAGCAUGAUGUUCUCCAAAGCAAAUUAUCAGAAAUAUUCAAUACACUGUCCGUCGAUCCACGGAACGCCGCUCAACCCGGCGUGCCGCCAAUGGAUGCUAAACCGACUCAAACACCAGCCUAUGAAAUUCAUUUCCCAGAAUUGUUUGUUUAUUAACUUAAUAAGUAUUUAGUGCUGGCACUUUUAUUACGUUAAACACUUAUCGCCAAUUAAUAAUUAAGUUAAUUUCAACGCCUUUGGUUGGAAUAACGUGGACAAAUAUUUUUAGCGCAUUUUGAUAUGCUUAUACGUGGUGCAAUAAUGUUUAUCUAGCUCCGAAUAAUAAGCUCCGUAUGUAUACGUACAUAUACAUAUUUUGUCAUGUUUGUAAAAUACUUAUUUAUUUCUAGUGAUGUGAAUUAUUUCACUGUUCAUAAAUUAUUCUUGUAAAAAUAUUUUAACUCAUAAACUGGUGAUGCGCAAGUUGUUCAAUUCAUACAGAAAAUAAUAUAUAUAAACAGCUCGCUGUAUUAAUUGUA